AUGAGCUGGCCACAGCGCAGCCCGCAGAGAGGCCAUGAAGCAGAGCGGCGACUUCACGGGGCUUCGCCGAGUCUUCGAGACGACCAAGCACCGGCGCCGCCAAGUCGACCUUCCGAAAACACCUUUGCGUCCACAAGCUCCACUGGUUCGGAGUCGCGGCCACCUUCUUUUCGGUCCGAUGCGUCCUCUUUUGAAGAGACUCCUGGACGUGGUGGUAGAGAUGCCUCGACUACAGCCGGAUCUUCCCGACGUGACCUGGAGGCUUUGCGACCGGCUCCUCCAAGCCACCACUUUUCGCCUUACCCGCCGAGACCUCCAACAAUUGGUCGGGCUGACCGUAGCGGCGAAGCUCGCCCCUUACCAUUCGGGGACCCUAGCGAUCACCACCAAUCGAUUGCGACCACCUCACAGCCAGGGCGACCCCGCGCCUACAGCGAUCUCGGCGCUCCAGAUUUCGAUCAUUCGCUGCACUAUACCGCUCGUGAGCCUCCAAGGGACGUCUAUGAGAACCACCCAGGCUCGCUUCAUCGGUCUCAACGCAAUUCUCCGCCCAACCUCUCCCGUGCUCGCGAGCCUCCCUCUUACUCUGCAGCCCUAACAGGCCCAGAGCGGUACACACCCUCAAGCGACGCGUUCUAUCCGAAUCUCCGGCACGGCGGAUCAAGUCAAGAUGCACGCUACUCGCCUCCGAGGAGUUCCUUUGCUGGACCCAGAGUAGCCCCACAGGUAGGCCCCAUCAUGCCACCAAAACCUGUGCAAGCGUCCUCCCAGUACGCAGUGAGGAUCUCGCAUACCAACUCUCCGGUUUGCAGCAAUUGCCAAACAACUGCAACUCCUCUUUGGCGCCGAGACGGCCGAGGUGGUCUGUUGUGUAAGUGCUCUCAUCGUGUGGCUGACACCCAUCAGCUACUGUAUCUGCCGCUCAUUCUUGAAGCCCUUACUUCUCUCAAAGGCAACGCCUGUGGUCUUUUCGUCAGGGUGAAAGGUCGUUCGAGACCAGUGAGGUGAGUCUGCGUGCGUCUCUCUAGACCUGCUGCCUUCGGUAGACCUUGCUGACGCGUAGCACCGCUUGUGCUGAUGGUGACGGCAGCCUGAAGACAGACGUGAUCAAGCCCCGAGCGCGGCGCAGCAAGCUCCCCGGUGGUGGCCCAAUUCCGGCGGGCGACGCUGGUCCUUCACGCGUCGGCGUCAAUCCUCCGGUACCUGGUGAUGGGCGGAGUAGUGUGGCCGCGGCGGCUCACUACGACAGCGACAUGCGACCUGGUGAGGGUAGAGCGAUUGAAUCGGAUCGCUCCCGCUCGAGUUAUCGCAAUGCGGACCUCCCUCCAGCUCUGAUGAACGACUCUCCACGCUAGUGAGUAAGGUCAGAUCCUAGUCUUUUACCUCGUAGGCCGAGUUGACGCGGCUCUAUCUGCCAGUCACAGUCGGGAACACCAGGCUAGCCGCAUCGACCUGGAGUCGACUGCUCAGUAUCGAGGCGGAAUCAGUGGCAUGCCGAUGGUACCCUCCUCGUUCGAUCGACGCACCCAGACGCUACGAGGUCCGGUCUCUACUUCCUCGCGACCAACCGAGCUCGAUAGUGACUCACGAGACGCAGUGCAUCCAGGCGCACAUCGUUACAGCGCAGGCCGCUUAGAGCCGGCUCGAGGCAUGGGUGGUCAGGGCCUCCGACUGCCCUUGAGCUCGCCAGACCAGGAGUCCGCCUCGAGGGUUUCAGCUCUUGUCAGCGAACGACAUCAGGCACCUUGGCGGCAAGCUGAAAUAUCUGCGGCGUCGCAGCUCUCGCCAGCGCCUCAGUCUUCAAUGCACUCAGCCUCCCCGAACUCGUUGCCAACACCACCGCGCUUUCUCAGCCGUUUGCCCCCCUUGCCGUCUCCACCUGCACCAGGGCCUUCGGCUUACGGCCAGCACCCAGCCAUCCCUCCACGACUGGGUGCUUCUCGCGGGGAUGGCGCUUCCAUUGUCAAUACUGAUCCCAAGGAUCGGUAUGAUCGAUAUGAAGCAGUUCGCCGACCGCUGUCCUAUCCCUCGGGAAUGUCGGAUCGCCCAGAGAUCGACAUGACCAGCAUGAAUGGAAGUAUCACUGCGCCGCCACUAGAGCGACUUCCACCACUGUUGCAAGCACUUGGGCGAGCUCCCUCGGAUUGGCCAAUAGAGCGCAACGAUGCCCGUGGGUCAGGCGCGCGAAGGGGAGAUGCGUCGCACUCACCGGGUGUGUCGCCUCUCCUCGCUGGGAAUCCGGAACAUCGGGCUGAUCAAGCCAGUGAUGGGAGGUCGCCUCUGAUCAUGCCACCUCCUCCAAUGCGCGGCCCGAUGAGGGCGGAUGGAGAAGGCACCACGCUCCCCCCCUUGGCACUGCUACACCCUUCCGCUCGUGGAGCUCCGCACUAUCGUAGCCCCGAGAGCUCUCAACCUCACGACCAGCAGGUAGACCCGAAGCUCUUUGACGCGCCCAAUCGUCGAUCUUGA